AUGGAGCCAGACACCCAGAUGAGAGCUGCCCUGCUAGUGGUUGAUAUGCAGGAAGAUUUCUGUCCACCUGAACUAGCAAUGCAUACUUAUCAAAAUUACAAUGAACAGAACGGCUCUCUUGCCAUCCAGGACGGCAGAUCAAUCGCCCCGUUGAUCAACAAGCUUCUCGCUCUGCCGGGUUUCGUGGUCAAGAUAGGGACCCAGGAUUUCCACCCAGAGAGCCAUAUAUCCUUUGCCACAAACCACCCGGCACCGUCGAAUAUACCAUUUACUUCGACGAUUGAGACCAAAAACCCCGUGGCCGGGGCUGAAGAUGAGACUAAAACACAACGGCUGUGGCCACCACACUGUAUUCAAGGGACCAAGGGAGCUAGCUUCAUCCCUGAAAUCGAAUCUGAAAAGCUGGAUGCCAUGGUCAGGAAAGGGAUGGACGAACGGGUAGAAAUGUAUUCGGCCUUUACUGAUGCGUUCGGAAACGGCAACUGCGUGGAGGCCGGAGGAGCCAGCCAUGACCUGGAAGCUCUGCUGAAUGAGCAUCAGGUGUCGGAUGUGUUUAUCGUCGGGCUCGCGGGGGACUAUUGUGUCAGGUUUACGGCCAUUGACGCUGCAGACCGUGGCUUCAGGACCUACGUUAUUGACGAGGCCACCAAAUGCGUGGAUCCGGACGAGGGCUGGGAGACUUCCAAGAUGGACAUGGCUGCUCAUGGGGUUCGGGUAAUUAGUGCUGAUGGGAUCGAAGAAGCCAUCAAUAAGUCAUGUAUUAGGGUCUAA